AUGACCAGCAAACAACUGACUCACUCAAUCAAUCUGGAGCAUCAGUCUCUAAAGAUCCUCCAAAAUCAGCUUCCAAUCAAUGCUUCCCUGAUGGUAUUUGUUUAUGGGUCAUCCUUCCAUGUCUGCUGCACAGGUGGACAGUGGAUCAUCAGUGUUAUUGUGGCCCUCACUGACAGUGCCAAGGACACAGAACGUGGUGUUCAAGGACCAAGAGUGAGAGCAGCAGUUGUAACAGCCAAAGUGAGUGACAUCUCUAUGAGGAGUACAGCAGGACAGCCAGCACAAGGUGAAACUUUGAACAACUUCCCAGAUGUUAAACCUGUGACUACAAUGAAAUCAUUUACGAUGAUUAGAUAUUUUAAUGGUCCCUUAAAUGACAGCCUAUCAGAUAUUCAGUGGCUGGCAGACAUGUCCACAUCCUCCUUUGAACCAGAUCCUCCUACACCUGUGGUCAACAAGGAGAACCCAAACUGUAAUUCACAGAUCUUACAGACUCACAAUACACAACCUAAUCCAGAGGGUGUUCUUAAACAGCCUGGGUCUCAGAGACCACCAUAUUCCUACAUGGCUAUGAUCCAGUUUGCUAUCAACAGCAGAAGAAAUAGGAGGAUGGUGCUGAAAGACAUUUACACAUGGAUCGAGGAUCACUUUCCCUACUUCAGAGAUGUGGCCAAAAAAGGAUGGAAGAAUUCUGUCCGUCAUAACCUCUCUCUACAUGAUAUGUUUGUUCGUGAAACAUCACCAGAUGGUAAAGUUUCAUUCUGGACCAUCCGGCCUGAGGUUAAUCGGUUCCUCACUCUUGAUCAGGUAUAUAAACCUGACUGUGACCCAACAACUGCUCCUGGUCCUGUGUCAGUGCCUCUGUUUCCAGACCAACAACAGAAAAGUAUGGUUCCUGAUUCGAAGAAAACGCCAACAGGCUCUGAGGGAAGAGUGAAACCCCGUCUCUCUCGCACCGAUUCCUACUUGGUGCCGAUCCAACUCCCUGUGGCCUCGUUUGUCCUGAUGCCGCCUUCCUCAUCCAGCCAGUUUACACCCUCUUCUUCUCAGCAGAAACGUAACAUUUUUCGUGGAACCAAGAGAGUGCGGAUCGCUCCUAAGGUGACACAAGUUGAUGUUCCAUCGGUGGUCAUUCAACAAGACAAAAAAAUCAGAAUAGAGGGGAAGGAGGAGCCGAUAUCUGUUCAAGUAAAAUGUGAAACUUCCAAAGCCCCAUCGAAGAGAGCAGCCAGCAGCUCUGGAUGUAAACAGCACUUGGUGCACUCUCUACAUGAGGAACCCCUCCUCCUGUGCCCCAGUAAUAGCUUCUCUGACUCUGGUGUAGCUUCUGAUGCUUCAGCCUUCCGUGACAUGCACAAUGCUGAGCUGGAUCGACGUGAGCGCCCCGGCCCUGAGCACGAGUUCUCCUUUAAGACCCCUAUAAAAAGUAGCAGCCACCUGACCUCAUCCACUCCCAGUAAGCCUCCCUCUAACAUAUUACCUGAGCUAUGGAAGGUGACGCCAGUGGGCAAAGGGAGCCAAAGUGUUCUGGACUUCAGCCCCAUUCACACACCAAGUGGUCCCACAGUCAGCCCUCGACGUCACUACACCACCCUCAGCUUCAGCAGCACUCCGUUUAAAGAUUUGCCCUUAUUUAAUUCUCCCAAAGAGCUGCUCACAUCCACUCCCUGCACAGUGGCCGGACCAGCACACCCUCCUGUGGAAUGUCUACGUGGUGGCUGCUCCAUACAACUGCCUAAUGCUGGAGGGAACACGCCCAUGAACCGCUCACUCACAGAGGAACUUAGUCUGGAUAUGAAUGAGAGCUUCAUGAAGAUGUUCAUGGACCAAAGCUUCUCUGGUUUGGUUGAGGACGUCGAUAUUGCCAACAUCAGCUGCUCAGAGUUCAUCGCUCAACUGUAG